AGCGACACUUUGUGCGCCAUCGAUAGCGUACCGACUGGAAACCUGCUCAGAAAUUGAACCUUUCGUUGGGUUUCUAUUCUCUCUCAGCUCGCUUUUGCUAUUUUUUCGGUAAAAUGUCUGAAGCCUUGUUGCAGUGGUGUGUGGACCAGUUACACCACAAGUUCGGCCUGGAGGCAAGUGAAGACAUUGUGAGGUACAUUCUCUCCAUCGAAAGACCCGAGGAGAUUGAGGAGUACGUGGGAGACCUUCUGCAGGGCACCGAUGGAGCAAAAGGCCAGUUUAUAGAUGAGCUCCUAAGCAGAUGGAAGAAAUGUCAAAGACAGGGCGUGGAUACAGCAGGUCUUUUCCUAUUCAAAGAAUCAGCUUCACCAACAACAGAAAUGCAAGACACCACCAAAGACACGCAGAAGAAGUCCAAACGUAAAGGGCGAAACAAGCAGGAAGUGAUGACUGUGAGCCGAACAGAACCGGAACCUGAGACGGUCAAAACCCCCAUGGAUCUGAUGAGGGCCCAGGAACACAGUAACACUUCAUCAACUAAGAAGAAAACCAAGUUUGUCAAUCUCUACGCUAAAGAGGGUCAGGACAAGCUGGCUGUUCUACUCCCAGGUCGGCACGCGUGCGAGUGCCUUGCCCAAAGGCACUCGCUCAUCAACAACUGCCUCAGCUGCGGGCGUAUCGUGUGCGAGCAGGAGGGUUCGGGACCCUGCCUCUUCUGCGGAAGCCUGGUCUGCACCAGAGAGGAGCAGGAGAUUCUCCAGCGGGACUCCAACAAAAGUCAGAAACUCAGAAAGAAGCUAAUGGGAGAUGUUGGAGAGAGGGAGCUUCUCCCCCACCAGGAAGCCAAGAUGAAGGCUGGGCUGGAGAAAGCCGUGCAGCACAAAGACAAACUGCUGGAAUAUGACAGGAACAGUGUCAGGAGGACGCAGGUCCUGGAUGAUGAGUCGGAUUACUUCGCUGCCGAAUCCAAUCAGUGGCUGUCCCCCAAUGAGAGGGAGAAGCUGAGGAAAAUAGAAGAGGACCUGCGAGAGCUUCGCCACUCGUCUCGUAAGGACAGGAAGAUCACUCUGGAUUUCGCUGGUAGACAAGUGAUUGAUGAGGGAAGCAAUCUGAACGAGUAUCACAGCAAACUGGAUGAGACCCUCAAAGGUAUGAACAGUGGGUCAACACCACAGUCUCCAGGGUUCUCUGAAGGCAAAGGGGGAAAGCAGAACCUUAGUGGGCUGGUCAACCCAAACAUUAUGCAAUCAGCACCAGAGUGGGUGGACAUUGGUGGCAGGGAACAGCGCAAGCAGCCCAUGGAGCAGAGGAAAAGUUCGACGGAGCAAAAAGGAGGAGAGGAGCGCCACAGGCUGCGGCUCCAAGACAAAGAGCUGCAGGAGAUGUCCGAUGGAGGCUGGUGUCUCAGCAUGCAUCAGCCGUGGGCAUCGCUGCUCGUCAGAGGCAUCAAGAGGGUUGAAGGACGGACCUGGUACACGUCACACAGAGGCCGCCUUUGGAUAGCCGCAGCAGCCAAGAAACCCACACCUCAGGAGAUCGCUGAGGUGGAACAAAUGUACCGCCACAUCUACAAGAAAGAGCCAAAGUUUCCUAAAGACUAUCCCACCGGAUGCCUGUUGGGUUGUGUUAACGUGACCGACUGUCUGUCUCAGGAGCAGUUUAAAGAACAGUACCCUGGUACCUGUGAGGAGUCUGCUUCGCCAUUCGUCUUCAUCUGCACAAACCCCCAGGAGCUGCUCGUGAAAUUCCCCAUGAAAGGGAAGCACAAGAUCUGGAAGCUGGAGAGCCACUAUCACCAGGGUGCCAAGAAGGGGCUGGUCCCAUCAGCCGCAGAGUGACACCGGAGGAAACGCUCUAGAGGAACAUGGCCAAUUAUCAUUUUCUGGUCUCAAUCUGGACCGCAGUUUACGGCCAACGCUGUUUCAAUCUUUGAUUCUAAUUACUUGUAUUUGCAGUAAACAAAAGAAAUCCUGAUUAAAGUCACUCAGUGCAAAGACAAA